ACUCUCAAAGCGUCGCUGCUUCUCUAUCUUUGACUGAUAUUGUUACUGCACUUCGUGGAGGUACCAGCAACGGGAGUUUACGUGUAGUAUAGGCUAAUUCCUAUAAAUUCCAUUUUUUUCAGCUAAUAACCGUCUAUAACGCGUCUAUUCAUAGGCUAGUUAUCUGGCACCAUAUUCGAAAUUACUUCUGUAUACUUCUUACAGAAAUAAGACAGAAAUAAAUUAUUCUGGAAGCGGACCUACUGAUUUUGGCCGAGGGGGGAGAAUAUCACUGUAUAUCAUAAUUUCACUUCGAUAUUUUGGAUGCACCGAUGAGAGAUCCAGUUUUCACAGGGACUGCCAUGGCUUAUCACCCUUUCCACGCUCACCGGCCGACCGACUUCUCCAUGUCAGCUUUCCUAGCGGCCGCGCAGCCCUCCUUCUUCCCGACGCUCACUCUGCCUCACCGGGCUCUCACUAAGCCCAUGUCGGACCAUCUCGUCGGAGCAGCGGAGGCAGGGCUCCACCCGGCUCUCAGCCACCACCAUCAGGCGGCUCAUCUCCGCAGCCUGAAGAGCCUGGAGCCCGAGGAAGAGGUGGAGGACGACCCUAAAGUCACACUGGAGGCCAAGGAUCUAUGGGACCAGUUUCACAAAAUAGGAACAGAGAUGGUUAUUACCAAAUCUGGAAGGUGAGAGUGCGCUCUGAUAAUUAUUGCCAGCGAGGCUGACUACAGCGUCAUGGUUAUUCUCUGUCCAUCAGUGGCGAUUUUAGCGUGUACAUUUUGGUGGGACAAACAUUGUCCAUACUGUAUAGGCUUUGUGAUCAGAUGUGCAUUAUGUUCAGAUUUAUUCUGUAACGCUACGGCAAGAGUAUGGCGAAAGCAAAAGGGUACGAAAGAAGUAGCUACAUUCAGGAUUACAGGGACAUAUUAGUUCAGGGCCUGCUGUAGGCUAGACUGGCUCGAUGUGAUUGUGUUUUUCAUUGUAUUCUAUUGCAUGUUCUUAAACUUAUAAGCCUAGUUUAUCAUCGAAAUAAGUUAAUUAUUUAACUUAAAAGUGAUAAAUACUAUCAGAGUUUUCUUUACUAUUGUGACCUGACUGAUAGCAUUUUAUUUAGUUUCGAUGGUACGAUUAUAAUGAAGUUAUAAUCAAGUUUGGAGCGUGUUUGACAGAAAAGGAUAUUUGCAAUAUUUUGAAAAUGUAGAAUUUAGUUUAGGCUAGGAGUCUUGCCAGAGAGGAGAAAAAAAUAACUCCCCUGGCUUUAGUCAGCAAAACGAGAAUAGUAUAUGGAUCAAACUGCAUUCUGUCAUGACAGUUGAGCUUCUGGAUUUUGUAAACAGACUGUCAGACUUGAAAAAGAGGAUUGUGAUUUAACCUGAUAGUGUCAUAUCAUAAAUAUAUUUCACUCGGCUGAUUACAGACGAAUUACAAAAUAUUGUAAUCAGUAAUAAAAAAUAUAUACAAAUUACUUUUAAGUAGGCUAUUAGGCCUACACCUUAUUAGUUUAAUUUCCUACAACUACCAUGGUAUUUGCAAAGUUGCAUGUACAUAAUUCGAUGGAAUGCUUUUAUAAUGAAUGACAGUUGUGUCAAUUAAUAAUACUUUAUAAUUUGCCUAUAUCGAUUAAAUAGUGUUGCAUUUUCCUGGACACAAAGGAGAGAGAAAGAGCAAGUCGCCUAUUGACGUGUUUUUAUAAUGUUAUUGCCAGAUUUCUGGGUCUUGUCUGACAACAUUAAAUGUCAUAUUUGUAUGAAUAAGCCUACAUGGAGUUAAUUCCACGCAUAUUUGUCUGUCUUCCAGGAGAAUGUUUCCUCCGUUUAAAGUCAGAAUAAAUGGGCUUGAUAAAAAAGCCAAAGUAUAUUCUAUUGAUGGAUAUAGUCGCUGCGGACGACUGCCGCUACAAGUUCCACAAUUCUCGCUGGAUGGUUGCGGGAAAGGCGGAUCCGGAGAUGCCCAAAAGAAUGUACAUUCACCCGGAUAGCCCAGCUACGGGAGAGCAGUGGAUGGCCAAGCCUGUUGCUUUUCAUAAACUCAAGCUGACCAACAAUAUCUCGGACAAGCAUGGAUUUGUAAGUACUGUAUGUUGACUUUUAUUUACAUUUAAACACGCAAUUGUAUUUCUGAUGGAUAAUAAUAAAUGACACAUGUUUUAGGUUAUGGAGUAACACAAUGUAUUUAAAGACAGAUACUGUUCCAUUUUUUGAGCGAGAUAUUUCUAUAGUUCUUGAAUAUUCUCAUUCUAUUUGCAACAUGAUUUUAGUAGGACUAACGUAUUGGCACUGUAUUUUUCCCAAUAGAUUGCUUUGUAUUGCCAGGCUGUUGCCAGGACACUGUUCAACUCAAUGUCGACAUAGGCCUGUUUCCAAAUAUGAUCUCCCAAAAUAUUAUUCUCUAAAGCGUCAUAAAAAUAGCCUAUAAAUCUAAUAUCAUGAAAGCUCUUGUUGUUGGUAGAAAUAGUAAUGUAACGCAUUUACACAUUUAUAAAACAGAGUUUUACACGAUUGUGGAAGAGGAUUGAAACCAUGAUUCAAGUAUUAGAUUUGCUCUUUUUAAAAAGCCUAAUUUAAGCGAAGAGGGAGUUCGUGAGAAUUGGGGAUUAUGAGCAUUAGAAAUCGGGUCAAGGAGACCGGGCAGAGUGGAAAUCGGUUUGGAUAGGGCGAGCCUCUGUGGCGUCCUUUGACGUCGGUUUGAUAGCUUUACUCCGACCUAGCCUCACUGUCUUGAGCCAGCUUGAUCAGCGUGGAAUAAAAACAAUGUGUGGAUGUAGCCUGAACUCGAAGUUCGUGUUUCGCGGUCGGUGCCUAAAGUUAUUUUUGUAGCCUACUGUAAAAAACUAACCGCGGAGAAGAUGGAAGUGAUGGACGCCUCAGAAAGUAGGCUUUAUAGAGAGAAGCUGCAGCGUGUGUUCAAUGCUCCUAGACCAAUGUGCAAACAAACCGACUGUAAACAAAUUGAACAUUUACAUGCCAGACGCAUCCAGACGUUUUUGCAAAAUGUUGCAGACAGUGUUUUGAUAGAUGUAGGCUAUAGGCUAUCCAAAGUUUACCUUUAAUUAUCCAGCCACUGUGUUAAUAUAGGCUUACGUAUUGUAGUAGUUAAUGAAUGUAUAUAAUAUACAUGUUGUAAAUGUUAUCAGUAGGUUGGCCAGCAGAUAUGAUAACGCAAAUAUUACAUUAAAUGUUUAUCUUUAAUAUUGUUUUGUAUCUCGAGCUGUGUUGACAACAGGUGUGUUCUCUUGCAUUCUGAGAAUAAACAGUAGGCCCAAUUCUGAAUAGACCUACUCACUGUUAUGAAUAAUAGUGAUACUAGGCCCAGUAAUAAUUAUUAUAAGAAAUAAUAAUAACAUAUUUUAAUCUCAUGCGAUGUACAUGAUCUUAUUGUAUUAAUCACUGAUAGGCCUACGAGUUAUUUUGAGAUAGGCAUAUCAUCAGAUGGUCUCGUUGAAAUGCUAAUAAUUCAUUUUUUCCAUCUUUUCACAGACGAUUCUUAAUUCCAUGCACAAAUACCAGCCCCGGUUUCAUAUCGUGAGGGCCAACGACAUCCUGAAGCUCCCCUACAGCACGUUCAGGACAUAUGUGUUCCCAGAGACAGACUUCAUCGCUGUCACAGCUUAUCAAAACGACAAGGUAAGCAAUAUAAUACAGUAGCCUAUAUAAUACACUGGAAUUUAACAUAGGCUACAUUAAUGUUCGAGACCAUGAAAUAACCUCGCCAUAAGAGGUUGGGCCUAUUUUUACAUACAUGACACUAUUUUCUAUCAGCAAAAGGUUAAUCUGAGGUUCAAUUUUGAUUUUGUUUAGUUUGUUUUUAUGAGGGAAAAAAUGGCUCAUUUGUGGAAUUAGAUGGCCUCACUCGUUUGUGCAACCUUGUUGCAUUUAAUGAUCUUUGUUGACGAAUGUUAAAGGCAGACUUUUUACAGUGAAACCGUUGCUGCAGGGUUUUUAAUCUGUAGGACUAAAUGCACCUGCUCAAUCAAACCGCAUGUCGGUCAUCAUUGUCAAAUGUUAUGGUUAACCUUACAUAACCAGUUUAGCCUACAAUUGCAGGCAUAUAUUUGACUAGUAAAAACAGAUUUGAAAAGGUUGGCUAUCGCUGUUGUCUUUCCGUCUAUGGGCUAUGGAGGAUAUGCUGCUGGCUCACAAUUCCAUUCAAAUCUAAUUAGAUGGUGCUUCUUUGGACACUGACACCAUUUGGUUAAAGACUGAUUUCCCCAUGGUUCUUCAGGGUGUCAGUAAUUCCUAGAUUUGAUGGUGAGUAUUUAUUUUAGUUGCAGUCAAAAAUUAUCUAGCUCCCUGCACUGCCCCCCCCCCCCCCCCCCCCCCCCCCCCCCCCCCCCUCUCCCCCUCCAUGAGGCUAAUUGGCGUCCGUGUCAGAGGGGCCUGUGGUGGUCUUGUUGCUAUCGGCUCCGGAGUGGCGCAGCGGUCUAUAAGGCACUGCAUCUCAGUGCUGGCGGCGUCACUACAGACUCCGGGUUUGCCCGGGGUAGGCCAUCAUUGUAAAUAAGAAUUUGUUCUUAACUGACUUGCCUUGUUAAAUAAAAUACAAACUCGUAAAGUUUAUGGCAAAGAGUCACAAUCGAUUAGAAGGCACUAUCCUCGUCCGUUUGUCCGCGAGCUACACAGUCUCGGAGGCUGCCUGCGCAAUCAAAGCGUGACAGAAGGGGACUGCGACUCCCUGAUUGGUCGAUUCGCGAAUUCCUCAAGAGUUCCAUACAAGGUGAGGAGGGGGAAAACAGCACAAACCCCGUAUCGAAACAUUUAGGCCAAGCGGCGGUUCCAAAGUCCAUGCAGUAUUUUUCCAUACAAGCCUUGCAUGAAGCAGCAAUGAUCCAAACCACAUUAUUAAUUAUGGAUAAGAUAGUCCUCACUCAGCUCUCCUCCUCACUCUCUUCGAAAAGAAUGGAUGGAGAAACACUGUUUGUUUCUCAUGGGGCUCAUGAGAAUAACGCCUCGUCAUUAAACCCCUAUUAAUAAUGCAACAUCUACCGAGGCAUCCUUUCACCGGAGUGUGUUCUGUUCAGUGUGUUUAACGGGACACUGUAUGUGGGAGAAAUAUAUAAGAGUAAAUCAAGUUGAGAAAAACACGUGACCCUAUAUAUAGGUCAAGACAUUAUUAGGCCUGGACCUAUAGGCCCAUAGGCCGAGUUACGGGCCUAAUACUACUACUACUAGUAGUAGUACUACUAGUACUAGUACUACUAAUACUACUACUAAUAAUAACAAUAAUUAAUUGUAACGUCUAUGGUAAGGCCUAUUUGUCAUUGUUUUUCUCGUUUAUCUUGUUUGCACCCUGCAAUGUCUAAUAUAUUUUCUCCAUCUCCUGUCCACAGAUAACACAGCUGAAGAUUGAUAAUAACCCUUUUGCCAAAGGAUUCAGAGACACCGGAAAUGGAAGGAGAGAGAAAAGGUAAGCAUAUGCUAUGUCUGUUCGCCCAUCACACUGUGUAGUCUAGCCUAGUUCUAUAUCAAUUAUAUUAUCAUAAUACGAUAAUAUGCAUAGGUCCUAUGUUAUGCAUGUUUUAACAAUGCCCCAACGUUAUUCCUUUUAAUCUGUUUAUUAGUUAACAAAAUAAAAAUGACAAAAUGCAUGCUGUUCUCAACUCUGAUGUAGGCUUAUCAUUGAAUGUAGGUCGGCCUACUGCUGCCCUCAUGUCAUGUUAAUGGUGUAUGGAAGCCUUACUUGAAUACAUGUACCCACUAUUAUUAAAAGGGAACCGUUCAACUCUAGGAAACAGUUGACACUUCCCUCCCUGCGGAUGUAUGAAGACCAAUGCAAAGCGGACCGAGACGGGGGAGACUCUGAUGCCUCCUCUAGCGAACCAACAACUGGCAGAGAUAGUGUACACUCCCCAAUCGGACCUGGAUCCAGCCCGCUUAGGCUCAGUCGAAUCAGCCGAGGUAACAUAAUAAUGCAAUUGUGGCCAAUGGCGGCAUUUAGACUUAUGGUGGCUGAAAUAUGGAGGCUAUAGGCAAAAUCCUCUAGUAAUUUAGCCUAUUUGAGAGAAUAGGCUAUAGGCCUAUACCCAAAGAGUGCAAAUGCAAUAGUGUACGGUUUGUGAUAACUUCAUUUAAUUUAUUAUGUCCAAGUAAUAAACAUUUUAGAUUUACAUAAUAACAAUUCAUGUGCAACAGAAAAUGCAAUUUACCAAGAAAACACAGUGUUAUAGUACAUUUUCUAAUUACAAAAUGUACUUUGAUAGUUUUCAGCAGCUCUUGUUCUUUAGAUAUACAAUGUUCUUUCGUGACAGGCUAUUUGUUCAACUCACUUAUUAUUGAAAUAUUAAAUAACUGUUGCCUGGUGUAAUGCAUAGACUUAAUUAGGCUACUUGACCAUUGAAAAACAGCUACUUUUGACUGCUCAACUAUUGAUUAAUAAUUGAAGUAUAUUUACUCUGGGGUAAAAAUACAACACAAAAGCCCCAUGUUAAUGCUCCGAGUAAGCCUCUUGGGCUGACAUGUAGGAAGGAAACGGUUAGACAAGGCAUGUUAACACUAAAUCAUGACUGUACACUUAAAAUAAUCACUUACACAGUGCGUGUGAGUGUGCUUGUGAAUGUUGUAACCACUGCCGUUUCAACUGCUAUUUUACUUUCCAUUAUUAAUGAUAUAUUUUUUAAUAUGUAAGUCUGAGCAUGGCAUGGCAUUUUGUCAGUUAUUUUACAUUUAGGCCCACAAACAUACAGCUAAUUAUGACUACAACUUUUUUUUUUAUAACAGAUGAAAAAACCUGUACUGACAGUGAGCAAGAACUUGACCAUCAGGACGAGCAUUGCACCGCGUCGAAUAGCCCUGGACCCGAGCCGCCCUCUCCCUUCAGCCCAAGGUGCGAGGACCGGGUGAAGGAUAAGCCGAGUCUGAACAAGAAAGACAACUAUCCAGACUCAAGGGAGCCGAGCGACUCCAUAUUCAGUAUAAGGAACCUUGAGAAAGGAGACAAAACGGAGAACAGGCACAGGAAAGACACUACAGAUUCGUCAAAAAAGAACACCACUGACAGCGUAGGGAUAAGCGCAAGCAAGGAAAGUUUCUCCCCGCUCAUGGUUCAAACAGAGAGCCCCUCACACUUCAGCGCGAGCCACCUGCAGAGUCUGGCCUUGUCUGGCUUGCACAGUCAGCAGUUUUUUAAUCCUAUGAACGCCGGACAAAUGCUAUUUCACCCUGGACAGUUCGCUAUGGGCCCAGGAGCGUUUUCUGCCAUGAGCAUGGGACAUCUAUUGGCGUCGGUAUCUGGAGCAAGUGGUAUGGAAAACGGCAGCCUCUCUGCCCAGGGCACGGGGGGCACCCCGAACCCUUUCCCCUUCCAUCUGUCGCAGCACAUGCUCGCCUCUCAGGUAAGGGAGACUUUAAUUCUACACUAAACAAAUUGUUUGUUUGAACUCAGUGAUCACUUAUAGGCCUUUAUGCUCGUUUGACUUCACCAAAACCGUUGAGGCCGUUAUUGGCCUAGAAUAGGCUUUGACUAAUAAAGCAUGAGUCUUACAAGUAUGUGCAAACUUAGUGCCAAAAUUCCACUGUAGACGCUUUGCAUUGUACAAUUUGACUGGCCAGAUUCAGCAGACCCUAUUCUGGGCAGAACUCAAAUGCGCAGUAUGUUGUUGGGCUAUCAGGUCACUGCCACUAGGGCUAGGGAGGCCUGGGUCUCUUGCAAUCUUACGGUAGUGAGAGGACGCAUGCUGGCAGAAUAGCGACAAAAAAGGUAUAGGCCUAUAUAUAUUAUUAUUAUUAUUAUCAUUAUUUUGAACAACAGUUCUGUUAAUGAUUUUUCAAAGUAGGCUGAUAAUUGUUUUAAAAGAACAUGCUUUAGAAGACCACCCAUAAAUCAACACUCAGGAAAUGUGUGGGAGCAAAAACGCAAGGCCUUGCGAAUAAGCGUUCUCCUUUUUAACAUCCAAUCCGUAUAGCCUUCAUUAUUCUAAAGGGUUCUUUAACAUCGUAGAAGACGACUUCCUUGUAGGUUUAAUUAUUGAAGUGAACUAGCUAUUGAGGCCGUGCAUAAUUUGGUCGUUGAGCGGGUUACCCAAGAUUCAGUAGGCCUAGUCAUUUGAGUAGGCUACAUCGUGGUCUGAAUAUAUCACUAUCACCAGCACGGUCCCAGUACUAACUGCCAUUUUCUCCUGCCUGAUUUCAGGGCAUUCCCAUGCCGACCUUUGGAGGCCUGUUCCCCUACCCCUACACCUACAUGGCUGCUGCUGCAGCCGCGGCCUCCGCCAUGCCCGCCAGCACUACAGCCAGCUCGCUCUCGAGGAAUCCCUUCCUCACCAGCUCCCGCCCUCGGCUCCGGUUCAACCCUUACCAGAUCCCGGUGUCUAUGGCCCAGAGCACAAGUCUACUCACCACCGGCCUGCCAGGCGGCCUAAACCCCAGCUCCGAGUCCUCCAAAUCGGGCAGCAGGGAGACGAGUCCCGUGCCUGAGAUCCACAACCACAAAGCGGGGUCGAGUCAUAGGACCAGCUCUCCCAAAUCGAUGAAGGACUCUAUCAAUGAGCUCCAAAACAUCCAGAGACUCGUGAGCGGCCUGGAGAGCCAGAGAGAGAUGUAUCCCCCCAGAGACUCUCCUAAGUGAUCUCACUAAUGGAAUAAUAUAUUCCACCACAACUUGGCUUGAAAUAUCAGAGAACAUUAUUAAACAUUUUGUACAGCACAUUACGCGAGGAAAUGGCAACACCGGCCUACCUUUUCGCGCGCCUGGACUGAGAAUGGAAGCAGGGAAUGAAGGAGCGAGAACCAGCGUCGUCACUUACUGUUACUGUGUGUGGUACGCUUUCAAUAUUAUAGGAAACUGAAGCAUCGAAAUAAUAUGAAAACCAAAAGUAGGCACUGAAUUUUUAGGCUGCUGGCUAAAACUUGAGCACACAAAGAGGAUACCAUACCGCAAGAAGGAAAACCUACUAAGAACAUUCUUCAUGUAGAGCAUAUUGAUGUUUAAACGACAGUGGCAAGGGUGUGGCAUUGUUUUUAGGGACUGAAUAAUUAACUUUAUCAAACUAUAAUCAAUGGCAUAAGUUCUGAAUGAACAUUGGUGCUUUUUGCCCGCAGAAUGGAGAAGGUGCAACCUGUAGAACGACAGGAAAACAAGCUACAUCCAAAACGUUUUUAAAACAUAGGCUAUUAUUUCAAAAGGGAUGGAUAAAAUUAAAGUUCCGUCAAAAAUAAUUGAUAGAAGAACGCUUAGGCCUAUAAUUUCUGCCAGAAAAAUUGUUUGAACUAUUUAUGUAAUUAAAAUAAAUUCUGUAAAUAAGCUAUAAAGGAAUCCAAGAAUAUGCAAUUGGUAUUAAUUUAUUCAAAACUGUACAUUGGCGUGUAUAUAAUAUUUAGAGUUUAACUCAUUGCUUUUUAUGAUUUGUUAUUUUACGUAUAGACCUGCUGUAAAUGAAAGCUAUUUAGCGCUUGUUGGUUUGAACCAGAACGUCUUUAUAUGUAAUGCAUAGGCAUAGUUGAUUAUCUGCCUGUGACACGUGAAGGAAACAAACAUGUGUGCCAUGUUUAUCUGCAAUCUCUGUCUACAAAAACUAAUAUCAGAAA